UAUAAGAAGCUGCGCAAUGACGACACAGCAGGAACAAUAACAUGCCGAAGAACGAGUGGCUCACAAAGAGGGAGUUAUAUUAACGCGUCCGUGUUUUGUUUGCCCAUUUGUUUAUUUAUUUUAGCAUAUAUAUUCCACCCCAAAAAAGUAAAGAAUGCCUUUCCUCGGACAGGACUGGAGGUCGCCCGGACAAUGUUGGGUUAAAACCGAGGAUGGAUGGAAAAAGACAGUGGACGACAAAAACAUGAUCUCCGUGGAGAGCUUCUGUGAAACUGCGCAGGAGUGUUACAACAAGGAAAACUUGUUGCUUUCUCUUGGCUAUGAAAUGGCUGCCAAGAAGAGGAAAAAAGACAUCAUGAACAACAACACCAAGGCCCCAUAUUUCCACAGGGAAAAAUGGAUUUAUGUUCAUAAAGGAAGCACCAAGGAGCGCCACGGAUAUUGCACCCUGGGUGAAGCCUUCAACCGCUUGGAUUUCUGUAGCGCCAUCAAGGACACAAGGAGGUUCAAUUAUGUCGUCAGACUGCUGGAGCUUAUCGCCAAGUCACAGCUCCCCUCACUCAGCGGCGUGGCUCAGAAGAACUACAUGAAUAUUUUGGAGAGAGUGGUGCAGAAAGUGCUCGACGACCAGCAGAACGUGCGUCCCAUCAAGGAGCUGCUCCAAAUGCUCCAUCUCUCCCUGUGCAGUCUGGUUCAGGACAUGGGCAAGUCGGUCCUUGUGGGGAACAUCAACAUGUGGGUGCACCGCAUGGACAACAUCCUGCAGUGGCAGCAGCAGCUAAACAACAUUGAGAUCAACAGGCCAACAUCAACGGGCAUGACGCUAAUGGAGCUGCCUGCCAGCCUGCAGCUGAAUAUCAUGCAGCGACUGUCGGAUGGCAGGGACUUGGUCUGCCUGGGCCAAGUCUGUCCAGAAUUGGGGGGCCUUGCUGAGGACCGCCUACUCUGGAAAAGACUCUGCCAGUACCACUUCACAGACAGACAGAUCCGAAAGCGCCUGAUGGUGUCAGACAAAGGUCACCUGGAAUGGAAGAAGAUGUACUUCAAGCUCAGCCGCUGUUAUCCGCGGCGAGAGCAGUACAGCGACACUCUGCACUUCUGCUCACACUGUCACAUCCUUUUCUGGAAGGACACAAAUCAUCCCUGCACUGCCAACAACCCAGAAAGCUGCACCAUGGCCCUGUCCCCGCAAGACUUCAUCAACCUUUUUAAAUUCUGAUGCCAGCCACACUCGGUGAAAUACAUUGAAAGAAAGUGUACAUACUGUAUGUAAACAUGUGUUUUAUUUCAUCUAGUCUGGCAUGUAUAUAUUCAGAUGAUGUGACUCGAUGGCAAUCAGGCAGUGGGACAAAUAUGCAAUUUGAGAUUUAGGUUUGUCACUUUGAAAUGAGUGAGAGUUACGGAAUGUUGAACAAUAAUCCUUCUGCAGGAAGUGGGAGCAGUAGAAGUGAGGAAAUGCAAACGUAUGAAUUUGUUGGUUGUCGUUUAUUUCAACAGGCUGUGAUCAUGAAGCGGCUAGUACCCUGCGUUGUGGUCGCAGCAAUCCUGGCUCAAAUCCUGGUCAUGGCAUGUGCCAAGACCAUACUUGACUUCUUGCCGUGCGAUUGGCUGGCAACCGGUUCAGGGUUUCCCUCGCCUCCUGCCCAAACACAGCUGGGAUAGGCACCCCCGCGAUCCUUGUGAGGAUCAACAUAGGAAUUUGGAAGAGUAGUCGGGUAUGACUCAAUCUGUAAAAUUAUUUGUUUUUACUAACUGUGACCACGUUGGGGGUACAAUGUUUAAAACUCAGAGGGUAUUCUUGGGUUUGGCACUGCUGGUAUAAGAGGCUUCAGUACUGAAAAGAAGUCAAAUGUAAGCAACCGGGUGUAAGCACCCAUAUCGUUAUUAUUUUUUUACUUUUUCACUUUUAUAAGGAUUUGAUACCUUUUUUUAAAUGUGUUUAUUUUCUGCCGUGGCUGCUAUUGCAAUUAUUUAUGGCUGAUAUAUGUACAAUUUGGUGUGCCUUACUUAAUUAAAACUUGAAAUCAGUGCAGUGGUCAUUUUUCCAGAUCUGGAUUCGGUUUUAUGAACACAAUCAGGUAUAUUUUUGGAUAGCAAACUGUGUGUGGAACAUCGUGUUUUUCUAAGGCUCCUGCAUGCUAAAGUACCAUGCUGUGUAUUUAUUACAAUUCUGGUUCGUAGCUCAGCUUGUUUCAA